AUGUGUUUCUAUAGUAACGAUUAAUUGAUUGAAUUAAAUGAAACAACAAAACUUUGAAUCAAUUGAAUGGUAAGAAAUGUCAAACAAAUUGAAUCGCAUUGAUUACACUCAAGUAGGACUUACCUCAAGAAACUCAUUCAAACUUAUCAAAUAUGGUAUCGUUAGUCCCGAUAGCGGUUUGUUUGCCGCAGUUGUUGGCGACCAUUCGGGUUCUGUCCAUUGUUUUACAUUCAGACCCGACUCCGCUAAUAUCGAUACUAUAUUUAAGACACUUCCAGGUCCAAAUGCAAAGAUUAGUUGCAUUGAAGUUAUCAAUAGCUCAAACCCAAGCGGUUCUCCAAAAAUUUUGAUGGCUAUGGGAUCUUCAGUUAUCAGAGGGUAUACUAAAAAAGGCAAACAAUUUUUCGGUCUUGAAUUAAAUAACUUAACGGAACCGAUAAAGAGUUUAAAGAUGCGGUGGCCAAAUGAAAUAUUCAUUACCGGACACUAUAUUUAUAACAAUUAUAUUAUCACAGAAUCGGACAGUAAAAGUGGUUCCGCCGUUCAGAGCAAAAAUUAUUACGUCUGUCCGGAAAAAAUCAUUGAUUUGAUUCUUAUUGAAGACAAACACAAUAGGAAAACAGUACCAGUGCUGGCGUGUCAGGACAGACUGUUAAGGGUAAUGAAAGAUUCCUUGUGUCAGUACGAGCUCGAGAUAUCAGGAAUUCCCAGUGCUUUACUUUGGAUGAAUUACUCGUCCAAUAGUAUCAAUGAAACAUUAAUUAUCUACGGAACUCUUGAUGGAAAGGUAGCCUUAGUUUCAAUAGAUUUUAAUAGAAAACCAUUGGAACCGUUGCAUAAAUGGGAAAUACCUGAAAAAGGCUCCCGUUCUUCUGUUACAUGCCUUGCAAUGGCUGAAUCGGCUGCAGAAUUAUAUAUUGGUAGAUCUGAUGGAAAUAUUGAGAUUUGGUCUUUUACUGAAACUUUAAAUGAAAGCGGAGAAGAAAUGAUAGAUUUAAGUUUACCACCAAUUCUUAGAGAUCAUCAUAACUGUGGUGAAAGUCUGACUUCAGUAUUGGUUUGUAAUAACGGAAAUCUUAUUCUUGGAUCGACUUUUACGGGAGUUAUCUUUGGUUUAACAAGAAAUGAAAUGAUUAACCAAAAGUUAAAUCCAAAUUAUUUAUUAAUCAGUAAAGAUAUGGCUUUGAAAAUUGAAACGCUUAGGGAUGAGUGCGAAAAAUUGGAACAAAAAUUAGCUCAAGAAAGGGAAAGGUAUCAAGAAAUGACAUCUAAAGGUACUGAAGAUAUGGAUGUUAUGGAUGUCGGUGUGUCAGCUCUGCCUUACUUUGCGAUUAACGACUCGUUUAUCCUUCAGGAAGAUGCAUCCUAUUUGUUGACUUUGGAGGUUGAGAUAGCCAUCGAUGCAGUAAUAAUUCAAAGCGAUAUACUUCUAGAUCUAAUAGAUUGUGAACGUAAUUCAGCAGUUAUUAGCUUUAAUGAGAACAUCGGAGGACAGGUUUUGGUGACUUUCAGAUGUCAGGCAAAUACUACUCGAUUGGAGAUUAAGAUUCGCUCCAUUGAAGGUCAAUACGGCUUAUUGCGAGCGUAUAUCAUGACUCGGGUGUCACCAAAAUGUGCACAAAUAAAGACAUACAAAAUAAAACCGCUUUCACUUCAUAAAAGAAGUUAUACUGUUAUCGAUACUCAAUACUUAAAUAAAUUGACAAUUAGUGGUACUUUUAGUCUUAAUGAAUCUCACACUUGGAUUGAACUUUGUAUUCCUGAAAUACCCGAAAAGAUUACCACAACUAAUACCAGUUCACUGAUUGUCUAUAAUUUUAUCUCGACUUUCACUGAAACAUCACUUUUAUGUAAUUGUGGUAAAGGAGAGAUGACUUUCCAAUCAGAUAACGUUUCGACCAUUUCUAUAAUCAAAGACUUCGUAACACGAGAAGCAACUAAAAGAUCGACAGCUAUUGAGUUGUCAUUUGAUAUCAAAGAGCAGAGUGUCGGCCAUACGUUAAGAAAAUUAUAUCCAAAACUUAAGAGUUUAAUUAAUAUUCGUCACAAUAGAGAACUGAUGGAAGCGGUUAAUGAGCUGAACGUUAGUGACCCUCAGGUCGCACAACAAUUAAUGAAUAAAUUGAUGGCAAAUGAAGAGAUAGACAACAAAACAGCUGAAAUCAAUUUGGAAAGAAUUUAUGGUAUAAUUGCUGAUCUAUUUAUCGAUUAUCACAAACUAAAAGGCGGUUCCCGUUCAGUGGUCUCUGGAUUCAAGUCACGUAUUAAUGAAUUGGUAACACUUAUCGAGACUUAUGUUUCCGAUGAUUAUAACGAACAUAUAUUUGUUGAUAAACUCAACCAAUUUUGGGGAAUUCAGACAUUUGUUUAA